GUUUUCUCGUCAGGCCCUUGAUCUGAAGAAGCUACAAACACCUUUAUAUGAAGAAUUCUACAAUAAAGUGAAUGCCGGGAGCUCUCAUGGAGUUGAUCAAACUUCCAAUGGUAAAUUCAUAAAUAGUCCGAAACUACCCCCUCGUGGAAAGUCGCCUCCAGGUAAGAUGAGGGGAGGUCCAGCGGUGGCAACGCCUUGUGAUACCAUUUUGAAUAGCAGUACGAUGGCUGAAAGUUGCAGCAGGCAAUUCUCAAGAGACGGCGGUGUAGAUAGCAGCCGGAUUUUGAGAGAAAUAGCUUCCCCUCAGCUCAAUGAGCUUGGGGAUAAAGUUCAUAUUGAUGUCCAAGAUAGCCCAAGCAUCAGCUUUGCUGAGAGGCAACGAAAAUGGAAAGAGGAGUUGGACCAGGAGCUUGAGAGGGAAAGAGUGAUGAGGUUAGCUGGCUGUGGCAAGACACCGUCUCCAAGUAGACGGCCCAGCAUCGGGAAGCGAGAGCGCCAUCAAUAGACAGCAACACUCGUUCCACAGUGACCGAAGAUAGCUAUACAGUGCUAGUGACUGGCGGCAACAGCAGUACAGUCUGCAAGGCUUCAUUGUUCGCCACACAGUGCAUAUCCAGAUGGCUGCCCGAAUCAGGCUGGUGCAAGUAGAUCUUCUUCCAACUUCAAAGAGGACCGGGGUAGGGGGCAGCCUUCUGGACUCAUGGCCAUGACCAUAGCGCUACCCGAAGAACGGCGUACUAACCUGGGAGAACGUUGUGCUGACAGUUUCCUGCCAAGGGUUGUGGCAUUUUUCAUUCUUUGCGGUGCUAUGCGUGCUCCGUUUCAGUCGCAUGGCUUAUAUUUGAGGCCUAUAUAUUGAAAACAAAGUUUGUUGUAUAGAUUUUGGGUUGGCGAGCAACAUGGGGCAUGGGGCUUGGUUUUGUAUGGAGCUUGUUUAUGGAAAGCGUGUAAUAAGCCAAGUAAUGCAGAUUGUGGAAGAUUUCGUUUGUUGAUUGUUAA